GGGCCGCAGCACAUCGCGCACCGCAAGGGCUGGCUCUCGCUGCACACCGGGAACCUGUGCGGCGAGGCGGGCGCCGCCGAGCGCGCCGUGGAGGACGCCUUCGUGCGCCGCUUCCUGCACGGCACCUUCCCGGGCUGCCUGGCCGCCGACGUGGUGCUCAAGCGGCGYGGCAACGCGCUGCUGCUGUGCGCGCUGCUGCUGCGCGCGCUGCCGCCCGCCAAGCUCUGCUUCCUCGUCGGCUACACCGAGACCCUCCUCGGCCACUUCUACAAGUGCCCCGUGCGCAUGGAGGUGCAGACGCUGCCCGCCAAGGUCGCCUACAAGUACCUGUAGCGCGGGGCAAUAAAAGYGCUCCGUAA